AUGGCUAUGUUUGGCUAUGCAGUCAUAAUUGUAACAUUCCUUAGCUUCCUAAACUUCUUCAAACGUAGAUUCUAUUGCAAAUGUCCCCUCUUAACCGAUUAUCCUAUCCUUGGCAUGUUACCACCAGUCAUCUUCAACUUGGGGCGGAUCCAUGAUUUUUUCACUGAUAUUUUGAAACAAAAUGGGGGCACUGGGGUGUUCACAGGACCAUGGUUCACCAAAAUGAACUAUUUGGUCACGUGUGACUCUAACAACGUGCAACACAUGUUGUGCAAGAGUUUUGACAACUAUGUCAAGGGACCCGUGUUUCGUGAGAUUUUUGAACCUUUCGGAGAUGGGGUUGUCACUGCUGACUCAGAGACAUGGAAAUACAUUAGAACUAUGCUCCAUUCUUUGAUCAAACAAAGAAGGUUUGAAGCGUUUAUUGAUAAAACCAUUCAAAAGAAGGUGCAAAAAAGCUUACUUCCAAUAUUGGAUCGUGUACAACAACAAGGGACUGUGGUGGAUCUUCAAGAUGUUUUCAACAGGUUCACAUUUGAUAACAUAUGCUCUACUGUUGUAGGACAUGAUCCUAAUUGUCUUUCCAUUGAUUUCCCUGAAGUUGCAAUUGAGAAGGCUUUCAACGAAUCUGAAGAGUCAAUAUUCUAUAGACACACUGUGCCAAGCAGUGUUUGGAAGUUCCAAAAGUGGCUACAAAUUGGUCAAGAGAAGAAGAUGACAGAAGCAAUCAAAACGUUUGAUCAAUUCAUAUACUCAUGCAUAGCAUCCAAGAGAGAAGAGUUAAGCAAAUGUAACAAAAGUGAGAUGGCUGAAGCUCCCUUUGACUUGCUAACAGCUUUGAUAAGUGAAGAGAGAGGACAAAUGCAUGAUGCCAAGUUUCUAAGGGAUGUUGCAUUUAACUUUUUUGUAGGGGGAAGAGAAACCAUAACUUCAGCUCUUACAUGGUUUUUUUGGCUUGUUACUACACACCCUUUAGUGGAAGCCAAAAUUCUUGAGGAGAUCAAAGAAAAAUGUGGGGCUAAUGAGGGUCUUUUAGGCAUGGAGGAGGUGAAAAAGCUUGUUUAUCUCCAUGGUUCUCUAUGUGAAUCUCUAAGACUUUUCCCUCCUAUACCUAUUGAGCGCAAGCAAGCAAUUAAAGGUGACAUACUUCCUAGCGGUCAUCGUAUUAAUGCUAAUACAAUGAUAUUAUUUUCUUUGUAUGCAAUGGGAAGGUUUGAACAAAUAUGGGGAAAAGAUUGCUUGGAGUUCAAGCCAGAGAGAUGGAUAUCUGAGAGAGGAGAGCUUGUUUUUGAACCAUCUUACAAAUUCAUUGCUUUUAAUGCGGGACCAAGGACUUGUUUGGGAAAAGAUUUAUCAUUUGUACAAAUGAAGAUUGUGGCAGCAACUAUUCUGCGCAAAUAUCGUGUCCAAGUGGUGGAAGGUCAUCUUGCUACCCCGAGCCAUUCAAUUGUUCUUCUUAUGAAGAAUGGUUUUAAGGUUAGCAUCGCAAAAAGAGAAAUUUGA